UCUGAAUCUUCACUUGACGUCUAGUCUCUCUGUUGGGGUGCACACGGAUUGACCACUCCUUUGGGCUUUUCUGUUUUUCCUUGGAUAUUUGGGGGGGAAAAGCUAAUCCACAAACAUGACUGACGCGCAACAAGAGGCCCGCUCCUACCUGAGCGAGGAAAUGCUGGCUGAGUUCAAAGCCGCCUUCGACAUGUUUGACACCGACGGUGGCGGUGAUAUCAGCACCAAGGAGUUGGGUACCGUGAUGAGGAUGUUGGGCCAGAAUCCGACAAGAGAGGAGUUGGAUGAGAUCAUCGAGGAGGUCGAUGAGGACGGCAGCGGUACCAUCGACUUCGAGGAGUUCUUGGUCAUGAUGGUGAGGCUGCUAAAGGAGGACCAGGCUGGCAAGAGCGAGGAAGAGUUGGCAGAGUGCUUCCGUGUGUUUGACAAGAACGGCGACGGCUACAUCGACAGAGAGGAGUUCGCCCUCAUCAUCCGCAGCACCGGCGAGCCCAUCACAGAGGAUGAGAUUGAUGAGCUGAUGAAGGAUGGAGACAAAAACGCAGACGGCAUGCUGGACUUUGACGGUACGUGCAUGAUGAUGGUGAUGAUGAAUUCCUCAAGAUGA